UUGGAUGACAAAGCUGUCACUCAAGGGUUGAAGGGGCGGGAAGAAAGGGUUUUAGUCCUUAUGUCACAGUCACAUGGAUUCUCAUGCGGUAGAGGCGAGAGGCACAGCAGCGCUCCCGUCAGUCAGCAGCACAACGCUUGCGUCCGAGCCUGCACAUGCUCUUGAGACGAGGCUGUUGACGGUCUUCAGCGUGGCCACAGAGCCUCAGGAUGUACUUAAUGAUCACAGCCAUGAAAGCUCAGAUUGAGAGUAUUCCCUGUAAAAUCUGUGGAGAUAAAUCAUCAGGGAUACAUUAUGGUGUCAUCACAUGUGAGGGAUGCAAGGGUUUCUUCAGGAGGAGUCAGCAGGGCACUGUGUCAUAUUCAUGUCCUCGGCAGAAGAGCUGUCUGAUCGACCGUACCAGCAGAAACCGCUGCCAGCACUGUCGCCUGCAGAAAUGCUUAGCAGUGGGCAUGUCAAGAGAUGCUGUGAAAUUUGGCCGGAUGUCUAAGAAGCAGAGGGACAGUCUGUUUGCAGAGGUUCAGAAACACCGUCAACAGCAGCAGGAGGAGAAAGUGGGUGAUGACACAGAGAAGGGGCGGGAACCUCAACCUCCAGGAGAGGCGGAGCCACUCACGCCCUCUUACGCCCUGUCCGCCAAUGGCAUCACAGAGCUCCCCAAUGACCUCAGUGGACACGUGAAUGGUCAGACCCCAGAGGAGGGAAAGGCAGAUUCAGCGAUUGGUGGAUUUUACCUAGACAUUCAGCCCUCUCCAGACCAGUCAGGUCUAGACAUGGAUGGUAUUAAACUAGAACCUGUGUGCGACCUCAGCUCGGACUCUGGCUUAGAUCAAUAUUGUUGCUAUAGCAAUGGAGACUCUUCACCUCCUGACAGUGACCUAGAACAUCUGUCAGAGAACAUCUGCAAGUCUCAAAUGGAGACGUGCCAGUAUCUUCAAGAAGAGCUACAGCCCAGCAACUGGCAGACAGUCUUACAGACCGACCUGGACGCGUACCAAAAGAAGUCCCAGGAGGACAUGUGGCAGCUGUGUGCGGUUAAAGUCACUGAAGCUGUGCAGUAUGUGGUUGAGUUUGCCAAGCGCAUUGAUGGAUUCAUGGAGCUCUGUCAGAACGAUCAGAUCGUGCUGCUCAAAGCAGGUUCUUUAGAAGUAGUGUUCGUGAGGAUGUGUCGGGCAUAUAACUCCCAGAACAACACUGUCUUUUUUGACAGCAAAUAUGCUGGGCCGGAGGUCUUCAAAGCAUUGGGCUGUGAUGAUCUUAUCAGCUCUGUGUUUGAGUUUGCGAAGAGCCUGAACUCUCUACAGCUCAGUGAAGAUGAGAUCGGCCUGUUUUCAGCAUACGUGCUGAUGUCUGCAGAUCGCUCCUGGCUGCAGGAGAAGACCAGAGUGGAGAAACUCCAGCAGAAGAUCAAGAUUGCCCUCCAGAACCUCCUGCAGAAGAACCAGAGGGAUGAGGGAAUUCUCGCAAAGCUUGUCUGUAAGGUGUCCACCGUUCGGAUGUUAUGCCGUCGCCAUAUGGAAAAACUGAGCACAUUCAGAGCUCUUUACCCAGAAACGGUCCACACACGCUUCCCUCCACUCUAUAAGGAGCUGUUUGGCUCAGACUUUGAGCAGGUUCUGCCUCAGGAGGCCUGAUAGAGACUAAUCCUAUACUGCACAGAUUCAGAAAAAAAGAGAUGGAGAGAGAGAGACAAUACUAACAUGCUGACAAGAACUCUAAGCUCACUUCAGCCUCAGUUCAUGUACACUUCAUUCUCACAAAGCACUUCUCAGAGUCCAGCCACACUUUGAACUUGCCCCACUGGCCAUGCACCAGAAGGCUGACGGUCCUUUAGAAGAGGAAAUUUCAGAUGCGAGGGAAAAAAAACUGGUGAUGUCUUGUAAUGUGCAUCAGAGCAUUCCUCCAUGCCACAGCUUUAUCUUUCAGCCUCCUGUUCUGACUGCAUGAGAUCUCAGCAGAAACGCCGACUGCAUUUGACCGCCCCAGCAUCGCCCUCUACUGGCCAUAGACAGUAACGAGGUGUCUGGCUGGGGUAGACGAAGACAGGAAAUGAACGUCUUAGAGCUGAAAUCCCUGUCUUUUUUUCUCCGGUGCCACAAUGAACAGCCCACUUGGUGCUAACGUCACAGCACUGCCCUUUACUGACCUCUUCCAGUAUACACACAUUCAGCAGGGACAUCAUUUGGCGAAACCACUGCCCCAGCCCCAGGAGAAGACAGUGGACGAGGCAUAACAUGGGACUCAAACUAUGAGACCUGAAUCACUAUCGUACUGAAACUUUUACGAUCAAAUGGCAUGUUCUGAGGCAGUGAGCUCAAAUAUGUGCAUAUAUUCUUGUUAUAUGGUUAGUUAAAUCAUGCAAUGUAUGAUGUGUAGAACCUAACGAAAGGUAGCACUUUGUGUUUUUCCCAGCAAUAAACGAUUUCAAUUGAAUUUGUGAAAAAAAAAAUCUGAAGGAACAUGCUGUUGUUUUAGAGCGGUAAGAUCUGAAAUACUUGUUUGUGUUUUGUUAAAUCUCUGUCUUUUAAAGCCAGCUAGUGUGAUUCCCUGUUGUGCCAUAGUGAUUCUGUGAUUAGAUUUCCGUCAAAGUGAGCUGAGUGCAGUGAUGAUUGACAGAUCAGGGGCACGUGUUGACAUUCCAGGGGAUCUAGCAGUUCGUAUUAAACGUCAUGGGGAUUGGAGGCGGUUGGCGUUGUUCCUAACUGACCCUUUUUGAGAUACGUCUAGACGUUUUUUGCACCUAGUAAUGCAGCUCAUCAGGGAAGAGGAGAGAAUAAAAAUGGUCACUUCUUUUUUUUCUUCUUCCUUUAUUUUGCAGCUGUGUACACAGGCUUGUUUUUUAAAAGAUGUUGGAUCUUUGUGUCAAUAUUUUUGUGCCCCUUCAACACGCACGUUUGAACCAAAUUGAAUGCAUUUAGCACGCAGCCUACAAACAAGGACAAGCAAUAACCUUAGUAAAGAUGUUCCGAUCUGACAUCUCUGUUUAAUGUUUUUUGUAAGGGCUGGCACUGCUUUACCUGUAGUAUUCUUGUUCGUAUCUGUUCCGUGAAAGACAAUCCAUCAAAUAUCUGACCUCAUAAAAGGGUAUUUUGGGACUGCUCAGGGAAACUAUUGUUUUAUAGUUGAGGAGGAGAGUGAACGUGUCCGUAACUGCAAGGGGACGGCAUUAUAGUACAGUCGUUUGAAAAACAAUGUGUAAAAAGUAGGGAAAUAUUAUGAAAUUGUCCUCUUCGAGAAUCAGGGUCAGGUGUGUAGAUGAAGAAUUAUCCAAAAUAAUACUGAGCAGAAAGCAAUAAUAAGGGCAUAAUCAUGUUUUGAAAACGGAAAUUGCAUGCAAAUGCUUUAAAUGCAGAACUUUGUCACGUGUUUUUGUUUGAAAUUCGCUUGGUUUGGCUUCUCCCUCGUCCUGAUGUCUUUA